AUGGCUGACCCUGCUCUCUCUUUUGUUAUUGAGAGAACUGGCGAUCUGCUGAUUCAAAAAAUUGCUUUCCUGAAAGAUGUUCGACGACAAGUUGAGAGACUCCGAAAUGAUCUGGUCCGGAUGCGGUGUUUCCUGAAAGAUGCUGAUCAGAGGCAAGAUGAAGAUGCAAGGAUCCGCAACUGGGUUUCUGAAAUCAGAGAUGCUGCCUACGACGCGGAGGAUAUCAUUGAGAUCUUUGCCAGCAAAGUUGAGUUCAUAAAGGACAAGGGACUCGUCACCAAAUUGACAUAUUAUCCCUUGAAAUUUGUGAACCUCUACAAGAUAGGUAAAGAGAUUAAGUCCUUACAGAUGACGCUCAGUGACAUAGCUGAUAGCCGUGAAAAAUACGGCAUAAAAAAUCUUGGAGAGGGGAUGAGUACACAGGGAGAAGAGCUUCAACGGCUCCGGCGGUCCUCUCCUUUCAACGAGGACAAGGAUAUAGUGGGCUUCGAGGAGAUAACAAAAUCCCUGGUGGCAGAACUUUUGAAAGAGGACAGAAACCGCUGUGUGGUUUCAAUCGUUGGCAUGGGAGGUGCUGGUAAGACAACUCUAGCCAAAAAAGUUUAUAACCAUGCUGAUGUCAGGGCAAGAUUCAAUUGCCGUGCUUGGGUUUGCGUCUCUUCAAGCUACGAUCACAAAGAGAUGCUGAGAUCAAUCAUAAAGCAAUUGGAUCAAAUAAGUAAAGAGCCACUUGAAGUGUUGGAACAGAUGGAAGAGCAAGACUUAGAACAAAGGCUUUAUCAAGAUCUACAAGAUAAAUGUUAUCUUGUGGUGCUUGAUGACAUAUGGAAGGAAGAAGCGUGGGAUUGUCUUGCUAGGGCCUUUCCUGAUGUUAAUACAUCAAGUAGAUUGCUACUUACAAGUCGCAAUCGGGAUGUUGCCCAACACGCAGAUGCUCUUAACAAACCACAUGAGCUGAAAACUUUGGGGCAGGAAGAUAGCUGGCAGUUGUUCCUCAGAAAAGCCUUAGGCCAUGGGGAUAAUGCUGGGUGUCCUCCGGAUUUGGAAGAAGUAGGCAGACAGAUUGCAAGGAGAUGUGGUGGUCUGCCACUGGCCAUCACGGUUAUAGGUGGCCUGCUACUGGCAAAGAAAAAGUUGAAGAGUGAAUGGGAGAAAGUUCUCAAUAGUUUCAACACAAACCUAUCAAAGAGCCAGAGUGGAGUAUCAGCAAUUCUGGAAUUAAGUUAUGCAGACCUCCCUGCCAAUCUGAAAUUUUGCUUUUUGUAUUUGGGUUUGUUUCCCGAAGACCACGUGAUUUCCGUGCGCAAGUUGAUCCAUAUGUGGGUAGCAGAGGGAAUAAUGCAGAAAAGAGAUGCAGUAAAUUUGGAGGAAACUGCAGCAUAUGAUGAUGUGGAACGACUUUGUAGCAGAAAUAUCGUCCGGGUGGCGGAAAUGACUGUUGAUGAGAGGAUUAAAAGCUGCAGAGUCCAUGAUUUAGUGCGAGAGCUUGCAAUCAGAAAGGCAAAGGAUGAAAUUUUUUUUCAGAUCCAUGACACCAGAGAUGAUGAAAUAUCAGCCAAAUCCAGGUACCUUGCUGUUCAUAGUCUCCCUUGGGUUAAAAAUUAUUUUGGGUCUUCGACCCCUCCUCUCCGGUCUCUACUUUUUUUCAAUAUCCGCAUUUACGAGGAAAACAUUAGUCUUAGAUUCAAAAGUUUCAGAAAGCUUAGGAUACUGGACCUUGAGAAUGUUGAGAUGUACUCUAAUUUGCCAAAAGAAAUUGGUGAAGUCAGGCUUUUAAGAUACCUCGGUUUAAGAGGCAAACUCAGUAUAAUGCAUCGAUUUAAGAUAGCUCAUCCCGUCGGUUUAAGAAUCACAUCGAGUACAAGGCUCCCUCAUUCCUUCGGUCGUUUGCGAAACCUACAAACUCUUGACAUACGGACCCAUGCCACAGUGAUAGUUCCAAAUUUCAUUUGGAAGCUUGAAAGUUUACGGCAUCUAUAUGCGUAUGAUAUGGAAUGUGAUGUGCCUCUUAAGAUUGAAGGAUUGAGGAAUCUCCAGACUCUGUCAGGCAUACGCUUUGAUGACAUUAUGCACAAUAACAUGUUAACUCUGACAAGUCUUCAGAAACUGGGGAUUUGGGUGGAUGACAGGUCAGAGAUAGACAAACUCUGCAUGCAUUUAUCUGAGGUUGGAAGCCUAACGACGUUACAUCUUUAUAGUACUAGAGGAAGAGGGCGGCCAACUCUAGCUGGACUUUCUAAGCUCCAUCAUGUAACAGAGCUUAAGCUAUCCGGGCUGUGGCUAAUGCUACCUCCUGAUUUUCCUCCAAAUCUCUCUCGCUUGGCUUUGAAACACACACAUCUCACGGAUGACCCAAUGCCAGUACUAGAGAAAUUGGGACGGCUGUCAUUCCUCAAAAUGAAAGAUGCAUAUGACGGCCGACAACUGAUCAUUUCUAGGCAUGGGUUUCACCAAUUGAAAUUCCUUGAGCUCAGCCGCCUAAAUCAUUUGGAUGAAAUAAAGGCGGAGAAAGGUGCAUUGCCACAGCUCCUGUGUAUGAGAAUCAGGAAUUGCGGCAGAUUACGGAAGUUGCCGGAAGAGCUGAAGCACAUAUCUACUCUUGAUACGCUUGAGCUUGUGGACAUGCCAAAGGAUUCUAUCAGCAGGCUUGCUGCGGACACGGCAUUUAGUGUCCCUAACCUCAGAAUAUUUGACUCUUGA